AUGAACGCAAAGGACUCCGAGCCAAAGAGACGACCCACACCGAUCAAAGUUCCUGCUCCACCGUUGUUGAGGAUAGCUCCCGGACCCAAUGCCUUUGCUAUAAUGGAAGCUAAGGCUAAGCGGGAAGAAAUGGAUAGGCAGACCCUGCACCUGCAAGGACUAGAUGCUAGAUCUAUAUCUCACGUGCAGCAACAGCAUCCAGCUUUCCGAACUCCAACUUCUCCAUUAGACGACUCACAAGUCCAGCGGGCUAAGUCUCAAAUUCGUAAGGACGAGGGCAAGAGAGCUACUGCUAUGAAUACGUUCUCGAAUUUGAUUGAGCAAGCUAGAGCAACGCCUUCGCGCAAGUCAGAUGGACACAGCCCUUCUACUACAGGCCGACAUGCAUCUACUGCCCGUUCUAGACACUCUCAGCGAAGCAAUCGCAGCGCACCAUCAACGUUACCAGGCGAUGAUGAGAAUCCUUGGAAUGAGAAAACUGCGAGGGGCUACAUGGAGUCGCGUUCUGAGAAGAAGCUCUUGAAGAUCAUGAAUCAAAUUCCUGGAACACCACCAUCUGAAGAUGCAUCAAUGGAAGGAACAAAUGUCACAAAAUUUGAAUAUACCACCAAAAUCUACAAGGCUUCAGGUACUAGCAACAUGAAGGUCGCGGAGGCAGUCAAGAGCCCCAAGAAGAAGAUUUUCGGAAUGAGCAUCCCCAGCUUCAGGUCCUCUACCAGUGCCAGUGCUACUCCAGCUCCAUCCUCCAUACCCACGAAAGCUGCGCAAAUACUUGGUACGAGCCCACAGGUUAAGCUCCGCAAUAAUCCGCGCCCGCGGAAGUCUGCCAUACGAUCCGAUACAUCGAAGUCCCUCCCGUACAAAUUGUAUGAUCACCACAGCUCCACCCGCCACCCACACCACCACCGUUCAAUUCAUGCUCACAACGGGGCUGGUAGCCAUCCACCCUCGAUUGAGGACAACAUUCAAUGGGAGGGCAGACGGGGUGAUGGAGUAGACGCACUAUCUAUGGAUGAUGGACCUCCACCGACGCCUCCGGAUAAAGAUACUCCCAAAGACACUGAGGAGAAGAUGGGAGGAGAGAGCCGAUUCAAGCUCGAGCCUCACGCUAGGGCUGCAGGAGCACAUGAAGAAGUUGAACACGGAAAAGAGAAGUCAGAACCUGGACUUUCCAUGAAGCCAGGAGCACCUAUGUCAUUCCAACGUGGAACCGGCCCAACCAAGAUCAUUCCCUUCGGCCCAGAAGACUACGCCAAGCUGGCUGUGCCAGAACCAGUCAAGUCUGUCCAUGCCCAAGUUGAUCAUACAGCCGGUAAACCUGGUGAUGGUAUUUACAGUGCUCCACUGGAAGGCGACAGCGGCCAGUCAUUGCCGGCUCGUCAAGGACGUUGGAGUGAAGAGGACUACAGGCGGCUCACUCAGAUGGGUGGUGGCCAGCUUCGCCCUGCUUUCUACACACCCUCCAAUCGUUCCCUCGAUCUUGAUGCUGGACUUAGUCGUCCGUCAGCAAAUGCUGACCCUGCCCGCUACUUUCUCGCUCUAAAAUCGAAGGACAACGUCCAGCCAAGCAAGAGUGGAAUGCGCGUCAAGAUGAACGUCGGAUUCGACCCCACAGAGGCCACCCUCAUUAACGAUACCGAGCCAGCAUCCAAUUUAGGAUGCGUGGCCCUCUGGCACCAAUUCCCGAAUAUGACUGCCCAAAAUAUGCCGACUAGUGAGCCCGAACAGUCGCCGGAUGGCCAAAACGAUCACUCAAAGUUCUUGCAUCCAGAGCAAUCCGCCUCGCGUCUCACCGAAAUGCUAGGCGGCGUUAGUCCUUCCAGGAACGGCUACAACAACUUCUAUGCCAACCAUCCAAGCGCCAUGCCGAGUCCUCUGUACGGAAACCAAGACCAGCAAGUGGCUCAUAUGCCUCAUCCAAUGAUGGGCUCCCCAGUCAUGAGCCCUCAUGCUCUCCCUGGGACCUUGUCAGAUGGUAGCAACAUCCUCACACACUUCUACAUGACAAACCAACAUUUAGAUGUGUUAGGCUGCAGUAUGCACGAUAUGCUUGAGGAUCACAAGCGCGAACAGACCAAUACCAUGAAUACUAAACACAACGAGAUCGUCGCCGCAUUGGAGUCACGAGUCGAAGAAAUCAAAUCUCAUAUUGGCGCGAUCGGAGAUACUACGGAUUCCCUCUCAGCGCAGAGUUCUCACAUCAUCGGGAAAGUGGAUCAGCUGGCAGACUUCAUCAAGGAGCAAGUUGUUGACCCACUUUCUGCGCAGGCGCAGAAGACGGCGGUAAUAGAACAGGAUAUCAAGGCGCUCCAGAAGUCAAUGCAAGCUUUGCAGAAGUUGGUGGAGGCGAAGUCAACUACGACUCCAGCUCAACCCCAGGUUCUGCCAACUGGCCAGCUGAACUUCCCGCUCCCGAACCACCGAUCUCAACCCUCGCUCGCUGGAUUCUACGGUUCUCCGCCUGAUGCUAGUCGUAAUGGACCUCCGCGUUUACCACCGAUCCAAGACACGCGCAACGAUGGACGAUUCCAGUACAACAAUAGCCAUAACUAUUACCGUUCAAAUAUGGGCGGCGAGAACAAGGACAGCACACACCAUGGUGGUCUGUACGAAAACAACGGUGCUGCUCAAUGGGGCGGAGGUAUGACUAUGGGCGGAUUUCCAGGCUAUAGCUACCCGAGCUAUCAGACCGAUCAGAACUACAACUUCAAUCCGGGAGCGUCUAAGUGA